CGGGGGUGGCGGUGGAAACGCGCGCGCGGCGAGCAAAUUUGCGCGAGUCUGAGGAAGACGCGAAGCGAACCGCCCUCUUCGGACGCGGGCUCCGGAAGACCACCCCCACUUCUUCCCCCUCUCGAUCGGACGCGAGCGCGCGAGCGCGCACCUCCCUCUUCAUCGCGGGUGCUUAGACAGCCUCGGGAAUCGAAGAGACACACGGCUCGACACCGAGUUCCACGGGUGGAGAACCCGCGCGCGGCUCCUACGCGCUAUCACCCUUCCGAGCAGCGAGGAUUCGUCGAAGCGACAGUUGCCGAGUGUCGCGACAACUCCCGGAAAUGACCCGCUUCUCACGAUUGCGUUUUGGUGCUGCAUACUCGGUCGGGAACGUUCAUUAGCCGCGACUCGCGGCCACCGGUGUGCCAUUACUACCGAAACUGUCACUCUCUCACCUCUUUGACCCUCCAGAGGUCAGACGGUCUGUCUCUCCCAUGCCGCGAUAAAAUUGGAAAUUCCAGUCUCCAGUGGAGAGAGAGAGAGAGAGAGAGAGAGAGAGAGAGAGAGAGAGUCCUUUGGGCGUCACAAAUUGGGCCGCAAAUUCGGUUCGACACGGUGCGUCAUGAGACUUCUUAAUCAGCAGAACAGGAAAAAUCAGUGGUGAUCGAUUGGGAGGACCACUGAUCCCUCGAACCGAGAGAGAACCCAGGCCUUGACCGAGGAUGUCGAAUGAUCAUUUGGACGUUUCCCGGAGCCCGAGGAGUGACAGUGUUCAGGGUGGCACGGAGAGUGUUCGCGUUUCGAUGGCCGGUCGGCCAAGUCGGUGAGGGUGGAAAGUGGUCUCGGUGUUGGUUUUGAAGGUGGACGAUCUGUAAGAGAGCCGAUGCCUGUCCCAUGUUCCUCGCGAAAUAAGACUCCUGCAAGAAGCCUCAGAGAGAGAGAGAGAGAGAGAGAGAGAGUUCCGUCACGAAGCUCGAUCGCUCGAUUGGAUCGGUUGGUUGGUGGGUGCGAUCAGCGACGAAUCCAAAGACUCUCCUGUCUGUUCGGUGUGAGUGAUCUUGGUCGCAGGGCCUCUCUGCGAGUUUAGUGCGCGAGCCAUAUUGAAUUGUCACGUAUUGGAGUGAACAGAACCGGGGUUGAAUAGAAUCGGGGGUGAUCAGUGUGGAUAAUCGGUAACUGCUUCGUUGAGCUCGUCGAGCCGAAACGCGUGGUCAGAACUAUGGUAAUAUCGAUGGGAGUGCCUCGUGGAAGGAACGGUGAUACCAACUAGAGAGGAAGAGGAUGCGCUGAGAAGCCGGCUGGUUCGCGAGGUUCGAGAUGUCCGCCGUAACCAGCCCGUAUGGCCCCCCGGACAUGCUUUCCGACUCGGUCUACAACUACGCGACGACCCGACGGGGCGCCGCCGAUCAGGACAGCGACUCCCAGUACGAGAGCCAGGCGCAGUUGCAGAUCACCAGCAGCAUACAGAAGCCGCGGAACAAGCGGAAGAACUUCAAGCCUAUAAGCAGCCGGAUGGCGGAGGUGUCGGACGAGUCCGAGAGGGACGACGAUGAGCCGGAGGUCGUGGAGGAGAGCUCCAGUGAGAUCCUCGAGUACGAGAGGAAGACGAUGCUGUUGCCGGCCGAGGAGAGAUCGAAGCAGAGGCUAAACAACAACGAGGUCAGCCCGAUGGACCUCUCGGUCACCACCAGGCCGCCCUCGUCCGAGGCCGACGACGACAGCGCGGACUCCCUCAGGCACAAGUUUAUCUUGGAGCAGCUGAGGUCGCAGAAGCUGUACUCUCCCGGCACAGAGGCGAGAAGUCCAAACUCCGACUCGUCGGAGAGGAGUGGCAGCGGCGUCUUGGACGCGGAGUCGUCCCGCUUGGACGAUCAGGACACCCAGUUUGAGGACGAGCGGGGCAACGACGCGGACGGCGAGGCCGAGAUCGAGGAGCGGAAGCCCUUCGAGGGGAUGAGGGAGUACGCGGAGUCGACGAUGCAGGAACUUCUAGCGAUCUACGGACUGGCAGGAGGCGAGCUGGCGAAGUCGGUCAGCAGGCAACUGCCGCCCACGUUCCUCAACCCGAGUGUUGGUCAGCAGGCUCAAGGAAAGAUGAAGGUGAAGGAAGAAAAGGAUGCCUCUUCCAUGGCGCCCGGAAGUCCACCCACGCCUCCGCACACCCCGCAAAGUCCGCAACGUGCUAUUCCACCCAUCGGCAACCUGUCGCAGUCCUGCCAGACGUCAAACGCGAAUUCGCCGAACCUGCAGCAGCAGCAGCAGCAGCAGCAGCAGCAGCAGCAACAGCAGCAGCAACAGCAGCAGCAGCAACAGCAGCAGCAACACCAGCAGCAGCCCCAACAACACCAGCAACAGCAACAGCAGAAACAACAUCAGUCGCAAGAACAGCAGCAACAUUCCCUGCACGCUAUGGCGAACUCGUCCUUGAAUCAAAUACUGGUGCAGAACCCGGCGCUGGCGCAACUAUUGCAGCAGAAUCCUGCGAUCCUGUCGCAGAAUCCUCAGUUGGCGCAGUUGCUGCAGCAGAAUCUGCAGGUUCAGAUGGGCAGCGUGCUCUUUCAGAACGUGCGGCGGGAGGAGCCCGAGGAUUCCAGGGUACCGCCGACAAUAGCGAGCCUGGCGGCGAUGAAGGUGGAGGCAGCUGACCCGAAGGUUUCCGCUUUGCUCAGACACAGCAUGUCUCCCGUGGCAGAUUCUCUAAUCGGUGGCUCGAAGACGUCGGUGUCCCAGCCGAUCAUCGAUUAUUCCCGAUACGUGAGGAGAUACACCUCGAGUCAGGAAUGCGGCAGUACGUACUGCAAGGAACUAGGUUGCAGGGAGCACUUUCAUUGUCUGGACUGUAGCGGCCGGGUGUUCGUGAAGAAGGAGGAGAUGAUCAGGCACUUCAAGUGGCACAAGAAGAGGGACGAGUCGUUGCAGCACGGCUUCAUGAGAUACUCGCCGACGGACGAUUGCUCAGAGAGGCACCCCGGCCGGGCCUGCCCGCACAAUAGAAAGCAAACCCACUAUCAUUGCAUCCAUGAGAAUUGCGACAAGGUGUACAUAUCGACAUCGGACGUGCAGAUGCACGCGAAUUACCAUCGCAAGGACUCGGCCAUCAUACAGGAGGGCUUCCAACGGUUUCGAGCUACCGAGAGUUGCGCGACCGAGCAUUGCCCAUUCGCUGGUCAACGGACCACGCACUUUCACUGUCGGCGACCGGGUUGUCGGUUCACGUUCAAGAAUAAGGCCGACAUGGACAAGCACAAGUCUUACCACAUCAAGGACGAGCAACUGUCGCGCGACGGUUUCAAGAAGUUCAUGAAAUCAGAGGCCUGCCCGUUCGAUCAGUGCCGAUUCUCGCGGGUCUGCAACCACAUCCACUGCAUACGACCCCAUUGCAGCUACGUUCUCCACUCUUCCGGCCAGCUCUUCUCGCACAAGCGGAAACACGAGCGCCACGAGUCCGAGCUGGCUUACCGGAAGUACAAACAGGUCAGUGGUACGGUGGGUGGCAUGCGUCCAUCGGGGUCAUGGGCGCCGGACGAAUUGAGCGCUCAGAGUUUGUCCUUAAGCCUGAACGGUGAGAGCUCCAACGAAGGGAGAGGCUCUCCAUCGUAUUACUCCUUGGAAGACUCCUUCCAGAGUGGCAGUGACCUCGCCAUGGACCUCACCGCCCCGACCACCGCCAUUACAGCCAGCGGAAGUUCCGUUAGUCUCGAUCAACAGCAGCACCAACAGCAGCAUCAGCAAGCCCAACAACUCACCGCCGCCGAAUUGGCCUACCUAGUGCCAGCCAGUUCGGAAUGUGCGUGCAACGCCGGCCGGGAGCACCAUCAUUGUGGGCUGGACCGCUGCGGCGCUACCUUGAAGGAUCCCCGUGAAGUCCGAGAGCAUCUGAAGGAGCACGAGACGCAGGAGCGCAUAACGGACGCUUUCUUCGAGGAGGGCGGCUGCGAUGACAGCUGUCCGUACGCAGACAAGGAGAAGCAUUAUCACUGCAAUUGGGAGAACUGUCGGGAGGUGAUACUCUCUACGGACAAGCCGUUCCGCAGGCUGCAGCAUUACAAGAUCCACGAGUACAGUCGACAGUUGAACCUCUCUUGUUCCUCGCACACUCUCUCGUCCGACGUCACGCUGACCCACCUGACGAACAUCGACGCGAUGUUCAGGCGGAAACGCGGCAGACCGCCGAAAAAUCGGGUGAUCGAGAUCUGGUCGGGUGGCGACCCCGCCACGCACACCCACGACUCGCCACAGGCGAUCUUCACGAGCUUCAAACUGCCGAAACCGCAAACGCCCAGUCUGACGCCGGUAAAUUCGCUGCUGGAAGAACGCGAGGGCAGCGUGUCGCCUUCGAACAGUCUGGGCGAACCUGAGGGAUUCGCCACGUACAAUGCUGAGGGGUGCCCAGAAACGGCGUGCGUUCUCAGAUUAACCAAACACCACCACUGCUCGCAACUACGCUGCCAUUUCUCCACCGACCGGCCGGACCAGUUGCUGAUGCACAGCAAGGACUUCCACGACAACGUCGACAUACCGCCGGGUUUCGCCUUCUACGACAAGAUGGUCGACUGCCGGCUGGCCGGCUGCCACAGCAAUCGCGUGAAUCGGCACUUUCACUGCACUAGACCGAAUUGCGGCUACUCUUUCGUCAGGUACUCGACGAUGGCGUUGCACGAGAAGCAACACUCCGGUCAUAGCGAGUCCUGCACCCAGGAGUCGACUAAUCAGGAGUGUCAGACGCAACCGCAAUCGCUGGUCCAAGAGGCGAAGCCCAGAAUUCAGGUGAAGAACACCGCCGAGCUGAUCGAGAAGCCCGACGAGAUCCUAUCGGCGAGUGAUCAAGACAACAGGACGAUGAUCGACGACAAGGAGUCUGAGCUCGCGAGUCCCGACAGCGGUAAGACCACCGUGGUGAGGGCGGCUGGCACCUAUUAUCCGGUCAGCGGACCGCCGAGCGAACCCGCACUUCCGGGCGUCGUGCUAUCCAUGCGAGCUUCCGUGCACCAAGAACCAUCAUCGGUCAUGCCUUCGAUGAGCUCUGCCUCACCGCACACCCUCUACGGGCCAGAGCAGAGCUGCAGCAGGCCGUUCUGCAAGCUGAAGCGCAAGAAUCACUACCACUGCAACGCGUGCAAUCAGGCCUUCUCCGAGCUGGACCGUCUGGUCGCGCAUAUAGCGAAACACUCGACCGGCGCCAUCCUCAGCCAACAGCAGCACGACGUGGUCAGUCCGUCGCCGAAUCAGCUGCAGCACGAUUACAUCGCCCAGCUGUCGCAGAAACACGACUUUAUGUCGCAGAACGCUCAGAUGGCGCAGAAUAUACAGAACUUCCAGAGCCAGAUGCAACGGCAGAUGCAGCAGACUCUCGGCCAGAUCGGCCAACAGUCGUUGUCCCAGUCGAAGGACAUCAAGUUGGAGAAACCGAGAUGCGGCACCGACAUCGGCGUGCAGAACGUGCCGAAUGUCAAGCGAGAGCCGCCUGAGACCGUUCGGGACGACGGCAACAAUUCCGUGGUGGACAGCCACGAGAACGGCCAACUGCCGCAGCAGCCGCCGAUACCGCCCAAUGUGCAGCAACCGUCGGUGCCGAGCAGCUUCGAGCUCGAUCUCAGCCACGGCUUCCACUUUCCCAGCCCUGCCGUGAUGGCAGCCGCUAUGAACCAGCAGAUAGCCCUGAUGAAUCAGGCUCUACCGCCGUUUCUUCAGCACGGCGGCAUGUACGCCGGCGGACCCGGCUUGAUGUUCGCGCCCGGCUUGCCGCCUACAAACUUUCUUCCGCCCGCGAGGGACGAGAAUCCCCUGGCGUCACUGGCGGCUAAUCUCAAUCUGAACAAGAGAUCUCUCUCACCGCCGGACGCUAAUUCGCCGGAAGCGAAGAAACAAAGACUCCAUCACUCCAUGCGGAUGCUGAAGGACGAGCCUGUGCCGGAGGGAUAUGUCAGGUUCAGGUUCAACGAAGACUGCAGGUACCCUCAUUGCGGCUACAGAGAGCACCAGACACACUUCCACUGCAUGCGCCAAGACUGCGGCUACUCCUUCUGCGACAAGACCCGCUUCGUUCAGCACACCGCGAGGCACGAGCGGCUGGACACGCUGAUGGGUGGUGACUUUCAGCAGUAUCGGGCCAACGUACCCUGCGGACGGGCUCAGUGCGCGUACACGUCGUCGCUUGGCUCGAUGCAGAACAAGGCGUCGCACUUUCAUUGUCUAAAGUGCGACUUCGUCUGCACGGACACGAACAAGGUGGUCGCACAUCGGCGACAACACGCCAAGCUGGACAGCAUCGCCGCGGCGGGUUUCCAGAAGUUCACGCCCAGUCAACCGUGCGGUGGUGUCCAGUGCCAACACUCUGGCAAGCAGACGCACUACCAUUGCUUGCAGUGUCAAUACGCGGUGCUGGGCCUGGCGCAGAUGUCGGCGCACAAGUAUCGACACAUGGACACUUAACGAUCUCCCCGUGCAAGUCCUGGCGCAGCAGGCUCGAAUAAAGCAUUACCUUGGUCCCUGUAGACAUUCCCCCGAGAGAAUGGCGCGGCCGCCUUCCCCUGAGUAGGUGUUGAAACAAGCGGAACCGGUAGUAGGUAGAGGAAGGAAAGAAGGAAGGAAGGAAGGAACCGGAGGCUAGUCAGCGACUUCGUCUCAGCUCGGUGAUCGACAAUUGUUCCGCGAGAAAGGAGGUCGAACAGUCGUCCGCGAAACUCCGGAAGGGGCCAAUAAAGGCAAAUUCCUAGUCCCUAUAGACAUUCCCCGAGAGAGAGAGAGAGAGAGAGAGAGAGAGAGAGAGAGAGAGGGGGGGAGAGAG